GCAAUACCAACGUACAAAAAUACGCACGAAAGUUGUUUUAAACGAAAAACGACUACAAAAAUUGCAAACCCGUCCACGGUUGAUUCAAUAACGUCCCUCUGCAAUUAAUAAAACAGGGUGCACGUAAAAUCAAUAACUUUUACUAAUCGAAUUGGCACUUUAGCCACAAUGACAUAACCUCACAUAACCUCGAAAAGCGCACAAUGUCAACAACAAUCUCGCGAUUUGGCGCCAAGCCGUUUUGUGUUGCAGAAAAUCAUGAGUUUUUAGCAUAAUUUAGAAAAACAGUUGUUUGAAUAAUGAAGGAAGCGUCAACAGCAGACAAAUCCGUAGAUGAUUGUGAUAACCCACCCAAAACUUGUCCAGAAAAUGCCAAAAACAAGCCUAAAAAAGGGGAAUCGAAGGAAGUGGAAGGUACGAACGGCCACGACGAGAAAGAAAAUCGUUCUGGGCCCCCAAAAAUGAACGCGUUUCAGUUCAUGAUGAACAGCAGACACAAGAGCAUCGGAAGUAAUUCUCCAGGUCGAGAGGCUGAUUUAAGCGCGUCCCCUGAUAGCGUGGUGUCUAAAGAAGAGUUAAAAUUGAGGAAAAGUCGACUGGAGAGUUGGUCUGAACAGAAAGGGGCUUCCAAGCGGAAGCGAGAGUACGAAGAAACUGGUAAUUAUAUUGAUUAUAAGUUAGAAAAGAGAAAGAAGAAGCUUAAGAGGAUUUUGAACAUUGAUUGUCAGAGCGACGAUGAGGUGAUCAGGACGAGGAAAAAGAGGUGUGCGGUGAUUGAGUCUGACGGCGAAAACAGUAACGACGUGAAGGAAAAUGUUAAAAAAGAACGAAGAAACAAGCUGUCUUUAGACAAAACCAUCAAGAGUGAUGGAAUUGAAAAAGAACUGAAAUUGACACCAAAAUCUGUAAAAUCGUGGAAGUUUAAAAUCAAACUGUCCAUGGAUCAGAACAAAGAAGCUGAAACAACUAGUGAGGAUUUAGUUUCAAAUGAGAAUGAAAAAGUUGAGUCACCUAAAGAAGCAAAUAAAGACUUAUCUUUGGAUGAGUGCGCUGUUGUAAAUGAAGAAAAGCCCCCUGAAAAUGGAACAAGUGUUGAAAAGCGGUCACUAAGAACCCGAAAAGCUAAACCAAAAAUGGACUUUGUUUAUUCAGACUCAGAUGAAGAAAAAGAAAUGUUUAGAAAGAAGAAAAAGGGCACUGUAAAAGUAGCGCCGGUUUUUUUGAAAGCUGCACCCAAAGCCAAGUUGGAUCCGAAGGUGGCAGAGGCCAGAAGACAAUUUUUACUAAGCGGAGUGCCUUCCUCAUUAAAAAAAGAAAUGGAAAAACAGCUAUGUGUUGAGGACGUUGAAUUUGAUGUUUUCCCCAUGGUCAGUCACGUGCAGCAAAAAUCUGAUAACGUGUUCUGGGAUUUACCAAAACCUGAGUUAAAUUUAACCCACCAAGAGGAAACAAAAAUUGCAGUUGCGCCGUUUUCCAAAAACAUAUUGUCUUUAGAACCUCUUGCUACAGAGCACUCAGAUGCAGAGGAAACUGGGUUAAACAAAAUCAAAAACUGCAAAAAAAUAAUCAAAGAGAUUAAAACCCAAAACCCUGAUUACCCCGUUUACAAGGUUUUUAAUUCAAUUUAUUCCAAAAGCGGUUACAAGGUGGAGACGGCGCCAGAGAGUGUCGCUCAAACCACUACCAAACGCCGCGGUCGCCCAAAAAAAAAUCCCCCUGAAAAAAAACCUGAAACACAGACCCAACAACAAGAAAAUACCACCAUGUGGACUGAAAAAUACAAACCAAAAUCGUCAGCUGACAUCAUCGGGAAUCGUUCCAGCGUCACCUCCCUCAAAGAAUUUUUAUCAAAGUGGUCCAAAGAUUCAAGCAAAAUUCGAAAAAAAUGUGACAGCGAGUCGGAGUUUGACGUCACUGAUGACAGUUGUGACAGCACGAAAAUGCACAGCAACACUAUACUUCUUCAAGGUCCAAGCGGUAGCGGUAAGACCGCGUCCGUAUACGCAGUGUGUAAUGAGUUAGGUUUUAAUGUCUUGGAAGUGAACGCGUCAAGCAGAAGAACCGGGAAACGACUACUACAAGAAGUACAAGAAGCCACUCAGUCGCAUCAAGUGUGCAAAAACGACACACUUUUAUCGUCUUUUGUUAAAGAAAAAAACAAAAAACCGUCUGCGAAAAUGUGCGUCUUGUUGAUAGAAGACGUAGACGUAGUUUUCGAGCAAGAUGAGGGUUUUAUUGCUGCGAUUGCGCAGAUUGUGACCACUAGUAAAAGACCGAUUAUUUUGACAGCAACUGACGAACCGCCAUCCAGUUUACAAAAAAUUGUAAACAACCAUGCAGCGAUUUAUUUUGCGCCGUUUUCGUCGAUUCUGACGAUUUGGUUGCAAAUCGUGUGUCUCGUUGAGGGUUUGUACAUUGUGCCUAAGUCACUUGAUGACUUACUGAGCUACAACAGAGGCGACAUCAGGCGGACUUUGCUGCAACUGCAAUUGUUCGUUAGUUCGGGUGGACGUCGUGCUCACACUGAAAUUAAAACCGAUAUUGACGUGUUUGUAGACGGCGAUGAUAAAAUAGACGACGAUAAUUCGAAUUUGUCGCUUUUAAAGAUGGACGAAUCGUCAGAUUGUAAAGAGGGUGGCCAAAUUUACCACGACUGUCAGUCGUUUAGUUUGUCUUACUGUAAUAAUCUAGACGUAAUUUGGUGGAAUUUACCCACAAUGUUGACUUUACCGAAUUUUUCAAAAACGACCCUGGCAGAGAGUCAUGACAGUAAAGAUAAAGAAAAGCUGAAAAUGCUUUCAGAUUGCUAUGACUCACUCGCGUUUGCGGAUGUUUUGUGCGGAAAAGGUCAAUUCCAUGAGAGUUUAGAGCGAAAAUGGCGGACUAAAGAAAAAGAUGGCGUUGGGUUAGAAGAGAACAUGGCGGAAUUCACACCACAUGACGUUUCUAAUGACGUAGUGCAAACACUAAUUAGUGGAAGGGUUAAAUUGUAUAAGGAAAAGUACAGCAGACAGGAAGUCGCGUUAAAUAUGGCUGUGCCACAUCAAACGGAACGCAGGUGGCGUUCCAAGCAAUUUGCGUCAGAAAAAAAACUGCAGGCCGCUUUGCCGCUAUCCGAGUCUUUGGCAAGACGCGCAAUAGCUUUGGAUUAUAUGCCGUGCCUACGAACUAUAGCUAGGUUAGAAUUUGAACGUGCGGCAAAUAAUACAAAGCGAGGCAAUAGAUUUUACAAUUAUUUGAGAAAUUUAGGGGUGCGUUGUGGCGAUACCACGUACAGAGUGGCCUGCGACGUUUUUAAAACCCAGGACCAAUGAUUAUCGUGAUCACUCGUUAAUUUUAUAAAUUAUGUAAAUAUUCAUUCAAAAUUGUAAAAACCGAAAUGAUUUAUGUAGUUUUCUACAGGGAAAUAAAAACAAAUCGUAUUUUCA